GAGUACUAGAUUACUAGGAUUUGCAUUAUCCUUGCACAUAAUUUCAAAGCUGCAGUAUUAGCAAAACCAUGGCUUCUGUAAUUCAGUGCACAGUCCCACUCUUUAGCAACUCUCAAUCUUCACCAUCAUCAGCUUAUUCUACUUGUGACGUCCCAUGUUUACAUUUCAACAGCCCAAGUCAUAAAAAUCUUGAUUUUCAAGUAUUUCCCAAGAGGGUCUUGUUUUAUCCCAAGAAAAGAAGCAUUUGCAAGUCAGGUCUUGAUGAGGUUUCAGCUGUGGAACCACCUCCUACUCCUAAGCUUGAUGACAAGUCCAAGGCUGAGCUUAUUGGGUCACUGAAGAUCAAAUUGUUGAGUACUGUUUCUGGGCUUAAUAAAGGUCUUGCUGCAACUGAAGAUGAUCUACAAAAAGCAGAUGUUAUCGCAAAGGAGAUUGAAGAAGCUGGAGGGCCUGUAGAUCUCUCUGUGGAUCUUGACAAGCUGCAAGGAAGAUGGAAACUGAUAUAUAGCAGUGCUUUUUCUUCUCGCACUCUAGGCGGAAGCCGUCCUGGGCCACCCACUGGACGGUUGCUCCCUAUAACUCUUGGCCAGGUAUUCCAGCGUAUUGACAUAUUAAGCAAAGACUUCGAUAACAUCGUGGAACUCGAGUUGGGUGCUCCAUGGCCUAUUCCACCUGUGGAAGUGACUGCCACAUUAGCUCACAAGUUCGAACUGACAGGAACUUCUUCUGUUAAGAUUGUCUUCGAGAAAACAACAGUAAAGACAACUGGGAACUUAUCACAGAUACCGCCCCUAGAAAUACCUCAACUACCAGAUGCAUUAAGGCCUUCAACUAAUCGAGGUAGUGGUGACUUCGAUGUUACUUACCUCGACUCUGAUAUCAGAAUCACGAGGGGAGAUAGAGGCGAGUUAAGAGUUUUUGUAAUCUCAUGAGUCUCAGCAAUUAUUAUACUACAUUGCUAAAACUUUGUGAUUGAUUGUACUAUAUUGCUCCACCACUUCUCUGCAAUCCUCUUCAUGUAUGUAGAAACUGCGAGACACCUGCUGAAGGCAACCCAUAGUUACACGGUCUUUAAUAAACAUGUGAACUUGAAUUAUGCUCAAUCUCUGUAACUCUAGUGCAAUACCUAUGUUGAAAGAGGUUAAGCAGCUUUAUUCGAAUUAUAAUGAUGAUCAAGUUUUGAGUUUUAUGAA